GGCGUCCAAUCGCGACCGUUAGCCGGGGCCGGGCGACUGCGGUGGGAGAGAGCUGAGAAAAUCUGACCGUCUGUGCCGGCUGAUGUGAAAAGUCACGAUACCGCAGUGAAACCACGUAACGCCCCAGCACAUGCACAGGCCUGCUAAGGGAAAUAUGAAGUUCUUCAUGCGUAAAAUGGUGACGAAUAUGUUGUGCCACUGACCGAGCGGGUGACAUUUGGACCGUCGUAAACCUUCUUGGCGCCUCAGAGCGGCACAGCAGAAGCACCUCCAGGUUCGCCGUCCUCCUCCGAGCAGCUUUCCCUUUGCCACCUGCGAUCCUCGGCGGGAUCGGGCUCCUCCUCACCCAACGCUUCACCUCACCCUCACCUCCCCGCGAGGGAGCGAACAGCAGCCGCCAUGGUGCUGUCACAGAGACAAAGAGAUGAACUAAAUCGGGCUAUAGCUGACUAUCUUCGUUCCAAUGGAUACGAAGAAGCCUAUUCUACCUUCAAGAAAGAAGCAGAAUUAGAUAUUAAUGAAGAGGUAGAUAAGAAGUAUGCUGGGCUUUUGGAAAAGAAAUGGACCUCUGUUAUUAGAUUACAAAAGAAGGUGAUGGAGUUGGAGUCGAAGCUGAAUGAGGUGAAGGAGGAUAUGACAUACGGCGGACCCGUUGGUCAAAAGAGAGAUCCGAAGGAGUGGAUCCCCCGCCCCCCGGAGAGAUACGCCCUGAGUGGGCACCGUGCUCCAGUCACACGGGUCAUCUUCCACCCUGUGUUUUCCGUCAUGGUGACGGCCUCUGAAGAUGCCACCAUCAAGGUGUGGGACUACGAGGCAGGAGACUUUGAACGAACCCUGAAAGGACACACGGACUCGGUGCAGGACAUCUCCUUUGACCAGACGGGGAAGCUGCUGGCCUCGUGUUCGGCUGACAUGAGCAUCAAACUCUGGGACUUCCAGGGCUUUGAGUGCAUCCGGACAAUGCACGGCCACGAUCACAACGUGUCGUCCGUAGCAAUCAUGCCAAAUGGUGACCACAUAGUUUCUGCCUCCAGAGAUAAGUCCAUUAAGAUGUGGGAGGUGGCCACAGGGUACUGUGUGAAGACAUUCACAGGCCACAGGGAGUGGGUGAGGAUGGUUCGCCCGAACCAGGACGGCUCAUUGAUCGCCAGCUGCUCCAACGACCAGACUGUGCGCGUCUGGGUGGUCGCCUCCAAGGAGUGCAAAGCUGAGCUGCGGGAGCACGAACACGUGGUGGAGUGCAUCGCCUGGGCCCCUGACAGCGCUCACCCCACCAUCCUGGAGGCCACAGGCUCAGAGAGUAAAAAGAGUGGAAAGCCUGGCCCCUUCCUGCUCUCUGGCUCCAGAGAUAAAACGAUUAAAAUGUGGGACGUCAGCAUCGGGAUCUGCCUCAUGACUCUGGUGGGACAUGACAACUGGGUGCGUGGGAUACUGUUUCAUCCUGGAGGACGAUUCAUCGUGAGCUGCGCCGACGACAAAACAAUCCGGAUCUGGGACUACAAGAACAAACGUUGCAUGAAGACCUUAUCUGCUCAUGAACACUUUGUUACCUCUUUGGAUUUCCACAAGACGGCUCCAUACGUGGUUACGGGCAGCGUCGAUCAGACAGUCAAAGUCUGGGAGUGUCGCUGAGACUGCCACCAUCUCUCCCCCCUACCCUGCUGCCCCCAAUUCCAAGGAUUUGAAAAAAGAGAAAAACAAAAAAAAGAUCCCCGACGCGCCAUGCUAGCCGCCGCCCCUCAGCUCCCUCCGCCCCGACUUCCAGCCCUUCACCUCUCGCACUCCAAAUCAUAGUUGACCAAUGUGCUUUACCUUCCCCUCGCUCCUCCCUACACUGAUCCAGCCCCAUUAAGAUGACUAUUGUCCUUUUUGUGUAAAUUAUUCUGGAUGUAGGGUACGCUUAAUAAAUGUCACGCAAAUAUCUGACACAUAAACACUCAAAAUGAUAAUAAAUAUCUUUGCAUGGUGACUCAAACAAGAAAAAAUAAAUAAUAAUUCAAUACUGUUAGAUUUACAAAUUUC